GAGGCCGUGCCACUCCAUCCCCGAUCCAAUAACGACCUCCUCGCCGGCCGGAGCGCCGCCGCCGCGCCAUGGACCCGGAAGCGGUGCGGCGGACCCUCGAGCCCACGGCCUCCCCCGCGGACAUCUUGGGCUCCACCCGUUACUACGCCUUCGUCAUGAGCGGCGUCCGCCUCGACUCCGCCGAGCACGGCCGCGUCCUCUGCUCCUUCGUCGUCACCCCCCGCCACGCCAACUCCCAAGGGUACCUCCUCAGCGGCGUCACGGCAACGCUCGCCGACCAGUUGGGGGCGGCCGUGUUCUACGCCAGCGGGAUCGACUCGAGCGGGGUCUCCCUCGAGAUCAACUUGUCCUUCGUCGACACGGCCACCGUCGGGGAAGAAAUAGAGGUUGAGGGGAAGCUGUUGCGUGCUGGAAAAUCAAUCGGUAUUGUCUCUGUUGAUUUCAGGAAGAAAAGGACCGGCAAAUUGAUGGCUCAGGCCCGUCAUACAACAUAUCUUGCUGUAUCUAGCAAAUUGUGAGGAUUUACCUCAGUUCUAAGAUGACACCAUUGUUAUGUCCAGCUCUUUUUACCCUGUAUGCAUAGACAACACCUCCACGAUGUAGUGCUACAUUUUUUAAGAAAGGCAUGUUAUACCUAUCUGAAAAUCUAGAAUACACACUGCUCUGCUCAUUUCAA